AUGAUCCGACUAUCUUAUGUAUUAAUUUUAAUUGGCUUUGUGGCCGCAGGUAAGUGUCGUUUACAAAUAUUUUUAGUCUGAAGAGAUCGGAGGGUCUUGAUAAUGUUUUAUUAAUUUUAAUUAAAAAUUACUUCCUCUUUUUCUGCAAAGAGCUGUUUUCAAAAGAAGGAUGAGAAGGUAUAAGAGUGCAUAACGUAAUCGGUUUGGCAUAAUCACGUAGAUUUCUGAUCAGGGCUGUCGGCGAGUGAGUAAAGCGCUUAGCGCUAACCAUAAACCACAGCGACGAACGUUUCUUCAUAGAACUAGUUCUUAGUUCUUUAAUGGACACAAGACACAACUUUUACUUCCAAUUGUCCUUUCCUGUUUUUUUCACAGAAAUGUACUCAAACACGUUCUGGCGCCUUCUAACGAUCACGUAACUAAUGCCGUAAUUCAGAAACCAUUAACCAAAGAUGUGAUACCGAUGCUGAUUGCCCUGAGCCCCUUGUAUGUCGACUACUCUGCAAGAACACAUGUAAUACGAUGUGCAUCGACCUGACAUUUACCCGGUUAGUUAUAAUAUCUACAACAAAAAUAGAACCCCUUUUAUAGUCGAAAACAACCUCUGAAGUUUGGCAGGAGGCCCUCGACAGGAAGAAUUGGAGAACCAAGCCUCUUCAGGGACCCUCCGGCAUUUGAACCAAAUCCUCCAGCCCCAGAGCCGACCUCCGUUUCUGUCAAUGCCCUGCCUCUAAGGAACGAGCCUGUUUCGUAGGUUUCUGGCUCUAAUAAAGUCACCAAUAUUACAGGCUUAGACCCCCAAUAGGGCCCCCCAUAUGGACUCCCAAUCCCCGAAUCUCAGAACAUUUUUCUGUAAAAAGUAAGAUAGCUUUCAAAGGAUAAGUUUUAUUUCAAGAUUGUCCUCCGCCUGAGAUCUGCAAACCCAAUUGUGGUAUUUAUAUCGAUGAGUUUGGAUGCCAAGGAUGUCAAUGUUUGUGGAUUUCCCAAGGUAAGCCAGCUUCUGCUAUUAAAAGCUUGUGUUUAAAAAUCUUUAGCUUGCCAUAAUGACUACGAAUGUGCAAAUGAGGGGCAGUACUGUGAUCUGGGGCGAUGUGAAUGCGGACGUGGAUACCGACAGCAUCCCAGACACUCCGGAGUGUGUCAGCGGGUCGGCGAAGGUAGCGGGAAUGCACUCUUAUCUCAGACACCACUUACAGGCAUCUAUCAAGACGAGAUUCCCUCAGAAGAUAAAUACUUGAAGAGUUUACCCUUAAUUCGGAGGAAGAAAUCAAUCCCCAAAAGGAAACGGGAGGAAAGGCUGCAAUGGCCAGGUCAGCAGAGUCACCUCUUAACUAACAAACAACCAGAACACCUGAACCUUGAUUAAUUACAAUGCACGGUGCAGGAAGGAAUCGGAAACACAAAUCAUUCACAUUCUGUUCAUAACUUAACCCAAUCUGCUCAUAUCACAAAUGCACACACUUUUGUAGUAUUCUGAAUAAAAAUAUUGACAGGUCCUUGCGAUAACGACUCCCAGUGCCCUUCAAACUUGUACUGCAUCAACUUUGAUUGCUGGCAUAUCCCGGAAAGACCCCUCAGGGCGUUCCAAAACGAUGUAGAAUUGAAGAAGACGGCAGAGGUAUACAGAACUAUGAAAUUAAUUAAUAUCGCACGUCUAUCAUAUUAUACAAUUAUUUGACAGGUUUCCACCACUAAUGAUGAUGACAAAAUACUGGCUAGCCAAGUUGUUAUCCCGGAAGAGACCACUAAAACAAGAGAAAUACUGAUCGAAACAUCAUUGGACGAGAACAUCAAAACUCCAGACAUUGAGAUAAGACCUCCAUCCAUAAGGCCCGAGGAUAUUCUGCCUGAAUUUACAACUAUAAAAUCGGUGAGACCAGUUCUCUUCACAAGUUCCCCAAUCGACCAAGAAGUCGAAGAUGAAAAGGAGACUGCUAAUACCAAAAAAGGUGACAAGUACAUCGCGAAGGCAACUAGAAGUUACUUAAGAAAUAAAGAUGCAAAAAAUGCUAAAAUAGAAGAGUCCACACCACACCCUUCCAAUAACGACGAUGAUGUUGUUGAUACCCAAGUGGCAGAAAACAAGAACGCAUCCGAAGUAAAUGAAGAAGCAAGGUGAGGUGAUUAAUUUAUUAUACUAACUAGCAGUUAAUUACAGCACUCUUCCUGCCAUCCUAGACGUACCCGAAGAAAUCUCGAUGACCAAGAUCGAGGAUGCUGAUCCAUCGAGAAUAUUCAUAAAUUACUCGAAAUCAAAUCGGCAUAAAAAACCCGUGAGAAUCGAAAUGAAAAACGCAAAAGAUCUCAUGAGAGAUGAAUGCACAACUUCCAGUGACUGCGGACAACGCUAUAUUUGUUGUGUGAAGCGAUGGUGUGACCUCUCCAAGGAAUGUGGAAUCGGUCGCUUCUGUUUACCUGAUUGCAAAUUGACAAAAAUGAUGCAUCCAAGAGGAGAGAAACAUCAGGCUCAAAUUGACCUCGUGUAUGAUUAA